AUGCCUCUUAUAAUAAGGCACUUACUCGGAAAGAAAUCAUGGAAUGUCUACAACAGAGAAAAUAUCGCAAGGGUUCGGCGGGAUGAGGCGCUGGCCAAAGAUCGAGAGGAAGAGAAUGAGAGGCGCGAGCAAGAAGUUGUUGCCGAAAGGCGAAUUGAUUUCCUGCGCAACCAGCGCCCGACCUCUCCUCUAUCACAACAGGAUUUUUCCCGAGAUAUCGCGGCCACAAAGGCACCUACCGAAGUUAGACACCGCAAGCGGCGGCGUCUAGCAGGAGAAGAUGAUACCGACCGAGACAUUCGGCUCGCUAGGGAAGAUGUGCUUCUGAGAGCUGGGUCGAGUCGCGAAAUUACCUCGCGCAAGCCGAUGAGUAACGCACCGCUCGUUGAUUCUUCUGGACAUAUCAGUUUAUUUCCGCGCAAAGCCGAUGAGCGGCCUGGAAAGAACGACGAGGCCGAGGCAGAAGCAGCUAAGGCCAAGCGAGAGUACGAGGAUCAGUAUACAAUGCGCUUUUCAAAUGCUGCGGGAUACAAGCAGGGGAUGGAAGCCCCAUGGUAUUCUACCUCACAGCUGGACCUUGCCACGCGGACACAAGACAUUCCUGCCAAGGAUGUCUGGGGUAAUGAGGACCCCGGCAGGCGGGAACGCGAGAAGAUGAGAAUAGACGCAAAUGACCCUUUGGCAGCGAUGAAAAUGGGCGUCCGCCAGCUCCGUGAUGUUGAGAAAGAACGAAAGGAAUGGGAAGAGGAAAGAAAGAAGGAACUUAAAGCUUUGAAACGGGCGGAUAAGGAAUCGAGGCGACGUCGUCGCCGAAGAUCUCGCUCGUAUGACAGCCUGGAGGAUUUUAAAUUGGAUGAGGAUCCAGUUGAUGAGCAGAAACAUAAGAGAAAACGCCGCCCCCAUAGGUCUCACAGGGAAACGGAUCGUCCAAAUCCAGGGCAUGAUUCAGAUCAUCGCAAUGAUAGGCGCUCAAGCCACCAUGAGAAGGAUAAGAGUAGAGUGAGACGGUGA